GAAACACAGAGAUGUACCUUUCCCGACCAUCUCCAUAGAUUGGUGGGUGCAUUGUGGGUGUUCGGCUUAAUGGGCAUAACAUUUCAUGUCAAAGCACUAAAAUAAAAUAAAAUAAACUAUUGUUUUCCCCUUAAUUUGAGAAUGUGAGCGGUGAUGGAAGCCCUCCGUUCCGUUCGAAACGGGGAUGAAGAGGCGCGAUAAUAGAAGAAGGACACCGUGACAGCUCGAGUCCUCCGUUCCCCGGUGUGCUCCUAAGCGCUUCCUUGCCCAUCUCGCGGGAGAUUUGGUACUUCCGGUGGGGAUUCGGGCCAACCGGAGAUGGACCGCCGAGGCCAUUCGAGGAGGAGCUCGUCGUUCAGUAGCUCGCCGGCGAGGAAGAAGCAGCCAGAGAUCGGGAACACCGGUUGGAAGGCGCCCAUCCCUCGUUCUCUCAGGAGUUUGAGUGGUGACAGAACCGUGAAGAGGCUACGAUUGUCGAAAGCGUUGACAAUGCCUGACAGUACAACGGUGCUGGAGGCUUGCCGACGGAUGGCUGCUUGUAGGGUUGACGCUGCAUUGCUGACUGACUCAAAUGCUUUGCUCUGUGGAAUCCUCACAGACAAGGAUAUAGCAACCAGAGUCAUUGCCAGUGAGUUGGUGCUUCAGGAUACACCAGUUUCGAAAGUGAUGACAAGAAAUCCCAUUUUUGUUCUUUCUGACAUGCUCGCAGAGGAAGCAUUGCAGAAGAUGGUCCUCGGCAAGUUUAGACAUUUACCUGUCGUUGAGAAUGGUGAAGUAAUCGCUUUGCUUGACAUUGCAAAGUGUCUAUAUGAUGCUAUUGCACGACUGGAGAGAACAGCUGAGAAGGGAAAAGCUAUUCAAGUCACCGUGGAAGGGGUGGAGAAGAACUGGGGAACAUCUAUAUCUGGGCCUGGUACAUUUAUUGAAGCUCUUCGAGAACGAGUAUUUCAGCCAUCAUUGUCAACAAUUGUUCAAGGGAACUCAAAGCAUCUUACAGUUUCACCAACUGAGUCAGUUUUAGCUACCACCAAGAAGAUGGUUGAAUUUCAAAUGAGCUCUGCAAUUGUAACCAGUGGAAAUAAGCCACUUGGAAUACUGACUUCAAGAGAUAUUCUGAUGCGUGUAGCUGCAAAAAAUCUUUCACCAGAUACAACUGCCGUGGAGAAGGUCAUGACACCAAAUCCUGAUUGUCGAGGCAUCGAUACCUCGAUCCUUGAUGCUCUUCACACUAUGCGAGCUGGAAAAUUUUUACAUCUUCCUCUUACAGACAGAAAUGGUAAUGUUGUGGCAGUCAUUGAUGUACUUCAUAUCAUGCAUGCUGCAUUAGCCACGUUUGAAAGCACUUCUGCUGUUGGAAAUGAGGCUGCAAUUUCCGUAAUGCAAAAGUUCUGGGGUUCUGCAAUGGCCACAGGACCUUUGGAGGAAGAUGAUAAUACAAGGAGUGAAGGAUCUACAAAACUGACUUCUGAGGUUACUGACAUGGUGGGCUCUUCUUACCCUUCUUCGAACCUACCUGAUAUGUUUUCUUUUAAGCUCGAGGAUAACAAGGGCAGGAUGCAUAGGUUCCAUUGUGAAACACAGAGUUUGACAUACCUCAUCACUUCCAUCCUUGAGAGGGUGGGCGAUGACAUCAACAAGAAUCAUUUGGCACAGAUUCUGUAUGAAGAUGAGGAUGGUGACAAGGUCAUCCUUGCAUCCGACAGUGACCUAGCUGAAGCUGUGGACCAUGCAAGACUUGCUGGCUGGAAGGGAUUGAGGUUACACUUGGAUUACUCCGGCACAGGAGGUGGGAAGAAAGGUGGAGGAUCAAGAAGAAUGGACUUGUUAAACAUGGAUGCCUGGGCAGCGGCAUACAACAUGGUUGCAGCAGGAGCUGCAGUCAUGGCUGGCCUGGGUAUGAUGGCUUACUUGAAGAGAUUCGGGUCAUAAACCGCAUCACCAAGCCAAGGAAUUCCAAGCAGGGAAGAAGGUGAAACCAGGCAACGCUGGUGUAAAAACAACCUUUGGUCGAAGCCAUCACCAACCAACGCAAUUUUGACUUUGGAUCUCUCUCUCUCUCUCUCUCUCCCCGUAAUUUCCUUUGACAUCUGCCGAACAAGUGUCAAUUAGAAGUAGGAAACGUUUUCCUUGGUAUCCUGGUGACAGCAUAAUGUUCUGCCUAUUGUCGGGUGCUUGUCGUUCUCAUUGUAAAAUAUUUGUGGCGCCCCUUCUGGAUCAAGUGGGUAUCGUUAUUAGCCAUGUUAUCAAGAACGUGGUUGGCUCCACUGUCUCUGGCCGUCUCCCUCGUGUUGUUGUUGCCUUUGUGUUCUUGGAAGGCACCUGUGGUGUUUUCGUUGA